AUGCCGACGGAAGUGGAGAAAGAAAUGAAAUGGUUUUCCGACGCGUGGUGAGAUUAUUUAGUCAAGUACCGCUCAAUUUUGCUUGUAGGCUGGCAGGCCACGACGCGAAAAGACAUGACAAAAGCUCGUAUCCCGGUUUUGACGGCAGACUGUCUCUCCAACUGUAUCCCCAGAGAUGCCGAGAUGACCAGCUUGGAGAGAGCGACAACCGCCAUCAUUACCUGAUCGGCGCCGAAGAGAUUUUCUGCGCUACAAACGCGACACUCGACUGGUGCGAGGAUGAAAUGGUGAUUCUGUACAAAUCGGUCAGAAAGACGUAUCGAUCCGACGCCGGAAGUGUCGUAGACGUCAUUUUUACUUGCUACCGAAGCACAUGUUUGUUAUCUCACAGAUUUCAUAUACUUACAGUGAUCCUUUCUUUUCAGAUUAUGGAAAACUAUUGCAUGACGUCGACACCUACUUGUUCACAAUUGUCGUCACCGUCCUUCCUGUCGUUCUCGCCUUCAACGAGUGAGAGCAUCGUUCGUUAAACCGUCAAAUUAUCAUUGUUUCAGCUGGCGAUUCAUGAAGACCGACGACGAUCCGAAGAGCGUGGAAUCCUCUCCGUCACCGCCGCCGCGACCUUCUCGGUCAACUAGAGAUCCGAACGCGCCUCUCCCGAACAUUGCGAGCCGUCAUGACAACUACAGAAAGAAGAGACGAUCGAAUCCCUAG